AUGAGCAGUAGGUCCAUUUCAGCUGUUGUGUACUUUCAUAUUGGAUAUUCUUGUACAGCUGCUGUAAACUGUAAUUCCAAUGGUGGCAACGGCAAAUGUGUAGAACUUGGGGUAGGAACAGGCAAUUACAAAUGCACUAGUUGUAGCUACGGUGGGGAUGUUAUAAACGGUGCAUGUCCUGCUUCUCCAUGUACAACUUCAGCUAAUUGCAACUCAGCUAUGGGCGGUGGGGUUUGUGUUCCAAACGGUGAUAGAACAAGCAAUUACACGUGUACUAGCUGUAAUUACGGUGGAGAUGUUAUAAAUGGUGCAUGUCCUGCUUCUCCAUGUACAACUUCGACGAAUUGCAACUCAGCUAUGGGCGGUGGGGUUUGCCAACCAAUUGGAAAUGGGAACACAGGAUACAAGUGUGCGGAUUGUACCGAUGGUGUUGCUGUUAUAAAUGGACCGUGUGCUACUUGUCCGAUUGGAGGAAAAACAAUAACAUUCGAUGAUAUUCAAGCUCAAAAUGCUCAAAGCAGUCCCAUACCUUCAAACUAUUAUGGAUUUGCUUGGACCAGGGCAAACUAUCAACUGGCAACUAAUGCGCCUAAUAGUAAUUAUGUGAAUCUUGCUGGUUCUGGUCUUAACGUCGCCUUCUUCUAUCAGCCUCCAAUGAUAAUCCAAGCAGUCCCACCCAAUGGACCAUUUGCACUAUAUUCAAUCUUUGCUGUCCCUCUUUACUCUAAUGCAAUGGUGCUGAAUAUCAUUGGGUACGAUACUAUCGAUGUUCCAUUGUACAACAUUUCAUACUCUCUCAACAACGGUUCAGUAGUUACUUUGAAUAUUAACUGGACGGGGCUAAAUCGAGUAGAAAUGUCAUCCACGGCUUUGGAUGGCGCAGGACCCGAUAUUGGUCUGAAGAGUUUUUGCAUCACUGGCCCACUAGUUCAACUAGUUUGUCCAACUGGUCAAACAGGUAUCACAUUCAAUGAUAUUAGCACUGGUGCUGCUACUUCAGGUCUCAUUCCAUCUAACUAUGGUGGUUUCGCUUGGGUCAAUGCAAUGUAUACACGAGCACCAGCUGCCAGUACCCAGAGUCCUUUUUCCAAUCUGGCAGGUUCUGAUGCAUAUAUUGCCUCGUUCAACACCAACCCGAUGGUUAUGCAAGUAGGCGCACCCAACGGACCAUUCAUACUGUACUCCGGCUUCGCCGUAGCUCUCUAUUCGAAUGCAUUACUCUUGAAUAUCACUGGAUAUGAUGCCACCGGUGUACUCUUGUAUAGCACUUCAUACACACUCAAUACUCGUGUGAUUGUUCCACUCAAUCUCAACUGGACUGGAUUGAAUCGGGUAGAAAUGUCCUCGACGGCAUUGGAUGGAGUAGCACAAGAUGUUGGCUUGAAAGACUUGUGCAUCAGUUCACCGGUUGUUGAAGCAGUUUGUCCAACCGGUCAAACAGGUCUCACAUUCAACGAUAUCAUCACUGGUGGUGCUACGUCAGGUCUCAUACCCUCCAAUUAUAGUGGUUUCGCUUGGGUCAAUGCCAUGUACACACGAGCACCAGCUGCCAGUACCCAGAGCCCUUUUUCCAAUCUGGCAGGUUCUGAUGCAUAUAUUGCCUCGUUCAACACCAACCCGAUGGUUAUGCAAGUAGCUGCACCCAACGGACCAUUUACACUAUAUUCAGGUUUCGCAAUAGCUCUUUACUCGAAUUCAUUGCUGCUGAAUAUUACUGGAUAUGAUAUCACUGGUGGACUCUUGUAUAGCACUUCAUACACACUCAAUACUCGUGUGAUUAGUUAUCUCAAUCUGAACUGGACUGGAUUGAAUCGGGUAGAAAUGUCCUCGAUGGCACUGGAUGGAGCAGCGCAAGACAUCGGUUUGAAAGACUUGUGUAUCAGUUCACCGGUUGUUCAACCAACUUGUCCAUCCGGUCAAACAGGUAUCACAUUCAACGUUAGCACAACUGGUGGUGCGACUUCCGGUCUCAUUCCUUCCAAUUACGAUGGUUUCGCUUGGGUCAAUGCCAUGUUCACACAAGUACCAGCCGCGAGUACACAAAGCCCUUUCUCGAAUCUGGCUGGCUCCGACACUUAUAUUGCUUCAUUCAACAACAGCCCAAUAAUAAUGCAAGUGACUCCACCCAAUGGGCCAUUUACGCUCUAUUCGGGUUUCGCUAUAGCUCUUUACUCGAAUUCAUUGCUUCUGAAUAUCACUGGAUAUGAUGCCACCGGCGCACUCUUGUACAGCACUUCAUAUUCACUCAAUACUCGAGUCAUUAGUUACCUCAAUCUGAACUGGACUGGAUUGAAUCGGGUAGAAGUGUCCUCGACGGCACUGGAUGGAGCAGCACAAGACAUCGGUUUCAAAGACUUGUGCAUCAGUUCACCGGUUGUUCAACCAGUUUGCCCUACGGGUCAAUCAGGUAUGACAUUCAAUGAUAUUACUACUGGUGGUGCUAGUUCUGGUCAAAUUCCGUCCAAUUAUGGCGGUUUCGGUUGGUACCUCGCAAUGUUUACACAAGCACCCGCACCCAACACCCAGAGUCCUUAUUCAAAUAUGGCUGGUUCUGAUGCGUAUGUCGCUUCAUUCAACACCAAUCCAAUGAUAAUGCAAAUAGCUCCACCCAAUGGACCAUUCACACUGUAUUCGGGCUUCGCCAUAGCGCUCUACUCAAAUUCAUUGCUUCUGAAUAUCAGUGGAUAUGAUGCCACCGGCGCACUCUUGUACAGCACUUCAUAUUCGCUCAAUACUCGAGUCAUUAGUUACCUCAAUCUGAACUGGACUGGAUUGAAUCGUGUAGAAAUGUCCUCGACGGCACUUGAUGGAGCAGCACAAGACAUCGGUUUGAAGGAUUUGUGCGUUAGCUCUCUGGUAGUGCAACCAGUCUGUCCGACGGGAGGAACAGCGAUCAACACUCAAAAUAUUACAGCCAAUUUUUUCGCUCCGAUUCCAUCCAAUUACUAUGGUUUCACUUGGAUAGGCUCGUACACCGUUCAGGCAUCAUUUCAAGGACCCCAAACUGCUUUUGCAAAUAUUGCCGGUUCCGAUUCGUAUACAAGUAUUGUACAAUACAGCCCGAUGGUACUACAAGCCACUCCUCCAAGCGGACCAUUUACAUUUUACUCAGGCUAUGUAGUGGCUGCUUCUACGACUACUGCUUCACUCACUGUUACAGGAUAUAAUAUUGUCGGUCACACACUGUACAAUACUUCAUUCUCGCUCGACAACCAAGUGAUAUUUUGGCUCAAUUUGAAUUGGACUGGAUUAGAUCGAAUAGAAAUGUUACUGACCUUUCCGGAUCCAAAUGGUUGGGGAUAUCUUAGUUUUAAGGAUUUUUGUGUCAGUUCUCCACAAGUUCAGGCCACUUGUCCAACAGGUGGAAGUGCUAUCACCUUCGAUAAUUCCACAGUUUCUGGUUCAAAUCAGGCACAAAUUCCAUCAAACUACAAAGGCUUCGGAUGGAUGAAUGCAAAUUUUCAAUUCGAAUCAUAUAUCGGCUCACAAAGUGCUUACCUGAAUCUUGCCGGUUCGGAUUCCUAUGUUGGCUACUUCAAUAAUAAUCCAAUGAUCAUGCAAGCAUCUCCUCCCAACGGGCCGUUUACAUUCUACUCAGGUUACGUAGUAGCUCCGUGGACGAGUGCAGCCACACUGAACGUAACAGGGUACGAUGUGACUAAUACACUAUUGUACAGCGCUUCCUACUCCCUGAACAAUUAUGCAAUACUUUGGCUCAACUUGAACUGGACAGGACUGGACCGAAUCGAAAUGAUAUCGCAGAGUCCAUUUGGGCCGCCUGAGAUUGGUUUCAAGGAUUUCUGUGUCAGUGCUCCCCAAGUCCAACCAGCUUGUCCAGUGGGAGAAACUGCUAUCACCUUUGACAAUAAUACAGUUCCUGGCUCAAAUCAGUCACAAGUUCCAUCAAACUACAAGGGUUUUGCAUGGAUCAACGCAAAUGUAAUCGCUGCAAACUUGUACGGCACACAACAAGUUUACCUGAAUUUUGCCGGUUCGGAUUCCUAUGUUGGCUACUUCAAUCAUAAUCCAAUGAUCAUACAAGCAUCUCCUCCAAAUGGACCAUUCACAUUCUACUCAGGUUACGUAGUAGCUCCGUGGACGAGUGCAGCCGCACUGAAUGUAACAGGGUACGAUGUGACUAAUACACUAUUGUACAGCGCUUCCUACUCCCUGAACAAUAAUGCCAUACUUCGACUUAACUUGAACUGGACUGGACUGAACCGAAUAGAAAUGAUGUCGCAGAGUUCAAGUGGGUAUGCUGACAUUGGUUUCAAGGAUUUCUGUGUCAGUGGUCCGCAAGUUCAACCAGCCUGUCCAAUAGGAGGUACUGCCAUCACUUUUGAUAACAGUACGGUUCCUGGCUCAACGAACGCACCAAUACCAUCCAGCUAUAAGGGCUUUGCUUGGACAAAUGGACAAUUUCUUUUAGCGUCUAUAUCUGGCAUACCAACUGCAUAUGCCAAUUUAGCCGGCUCCGAUUCUUAUAUUGGCUGGUUCAACAGUAACCCGCUGGUAAUACAAGCAUCUUCUUCCAACGGUCCAUUCAGCUUCUAUUCAGGCUAUGUCGUUACUUCAUACUCGAGUUCGUGUGUGCUGAAUGUAGCGGGAUAUAGUGCGAGUAGCGCAUUACUGUACAACACCUCGUACUCUUUGAACAAUUUUGUGAUAGUUCGGCUCAACUUAAACUGGACUGGAUUAGGUCGAAUAGAAAUGAACUCGCUAUCGUGCUCUUCGUAUCGAGAUAUUGGUUUCAAGGAUUUCUGCCUCGGCUAA